AUGUCAGACAAAGAGACUCUCCUCUCCAUGGGCUUUGCCGAAGCGCAGGUCACCAAAGCGCUCCGCGCGACGAAGAACAGUGGUCUCUCGCCCGCACUCGACUACUUGGAGAAGCAUGCGGACGAGGGAGAGGAGUUCUGGGCUGAGCCGGUCGAGGGCGAGGAGGAGGGAGUGGUCGAUCUCGAGGCGAAGAGCUUGAAGUGCUCAGAAUGCGGCAAGCUCUUCCGCAAUCAGGCACUCGCGCAGUACCACUCGACGAAGAGCGGGCAUACCGAGUUCGAGGAGUCGACCGAGGAGUUGAAGCCGUUGACGGAGGAGGAAAAGGCGCAGAAGUUGGCUGAGCUCCGUGCACGCAUGGAGGAGAAGCGCAAAGCCCAAGCGAAACUCGAUGCGGAAGAAGCGCGCAGGAACGAGGAGAUCCGUCGCAAGUCGGGCAAGGAUGAGGCAGCGGCCAAGGCCGAUUUGCAGCUUAGGGAGGCGGAGAAGCAGGCUGCGUUGCGCAAGAAGGAGAAAGCCGAUGAGCUCGCCGCCCGCAAGCGCAUCAAGGAGCAAAUUGAGGCGGACAAGCGCGCCCGUGCCGAGAAGACCGCUCGCGAGAAGGCCCUUCGCGAAGGCCGCAACCCGGACGCCGCCGUCUCCGCUCUCUCCUCCGGCUCCUCCGCACCCGCACCCGCAGCGCCCGCGCCGACCGCAUCCGGCGAGAAGAAGACGUACGAUAACGCGAGGUUGCAGAUUCGUGUGCCCGAGGGUGCGCCGCUCGUGCAUUCGUUGCCGGCGACGAGCUCGUUGCGCGAGGUGGUCGAGUGGGUCAAGGGACAGACGGGGAUGGACAGCGUGACGUUGACGUGCUCUUUCCCGAGGAAGACCUACGGCGGAUCUGACCUCGACAAAGACCUCAAAACGCUCAACCUCGUUCCUUCGGCCGUCCUCCUCGCGCAGUAG